AUGGCAGGUAAAUUUGAUAAUAAAUGUACACUACAUAAUGAUUAUGAUUAUAGAUUUAUUUGUAGUGAUUGUAGAGUUCCAGUUUGUGAUUAUUGUAUUGUUUCAAAAAAUCAUCAUCGUAGCCAUUCAAUUGAUUUUAUUACCUCUGAAAAUUGUAAUCAAAUUUUUCAAGAAUUUAAAAAUAAUAAUUUUCAAUUUUUAAUUAAAUGUUUGGAUGGUGAUAAAGAAUUAUUAAAUAAAUCAAAUGAGAUUUUUAAUGAACUUGAAGAGGAACAUAUUCACAAUGUCAAUACAAUUUCCAAUGAAUUUAAACAAUUACAUACAAUUUUGGAUUCAGUUGAAAAGGAUACCAUUAAACAUUUGGUCAGUCAUUAUGAUGAAAAUAAAGAAACUCAUUCAAAAAUUUCAAAAAAACUUGAAAAUAAUUCAAAGAAUGCUCAUUUAAUUACAAAUAAAUACAAGGAUACAAUUAAUAAUUUUAAUAUCCAACAAAUUUUUAAUAAUGAUCAAAAUAUUAAAGGAAAUAAUCAUCAACAUUUAGAAUUAUUAAAACAUUGUCAUCAAUCUCAAAUGUUGGUAAAAGAAAAGAAUACUGAAAAUAAAAAUAUUGAUUUAUUAAAUGAAUUUAAUAAAGUUACAAUUGAAAAUUCAAUGGAUUUUGUAAAGAAUUCAAUUAAAGAUACUUUUAAAAUUAAAUUAAGUUCUGCAACUUAUAAAGAUCCAAAAAGAGUAAAAUUGGGUGGUGGUGAAUAUUUCAUUUAUAAAGAUGGUUGUGUUAUACCAAAUGGCACACUUUAUUUAGCAUUAGGACCAAGUAUUAAAAAUUUAACAAUUGGUUCAAUUCCUGCAACUAUUCAAAGAAUUGCAUUAUUAAAUGGCUUUAAUCUUCAAUUAACUGAAGGUUUAUUACCAAAUUCCGUCCAAUGGUUACAUAUUGGUGCCAUUAGAAAACCAUUGAUAAAGAAAUCAAUACCACAAAGUGUUUCAUUUUUAUUUUUAUUAGAUGGAUUCAAUCAAGAAAUCUCUGAAAUACCACCAAAUGUUACUCAAAUCUAUUUAGGUGAUACUUCUUUUAAAAUCCCUCAAACUUUAAUAAAAUCAGUUAGAGUUUAUAAAACUCCUUCUUGUAAACAAGAUCUCAAUGGUUUUAAUGAAGUGUUAUGGAAUUCAAAUGGUUACUCUCAAAUUGAAAUGUAA